GAGAGUGAAAGAACGCAGCGCGGCUCUCGCGAUUGAAAGAUGGUCCCCGAGAGUAACCAACCCCCGGCCUGAGAGGAGCGGCACGAGUAAGCGGCCCGGGGCCUGCGAUGAGUCGCCAUCACCACAGCCCGCGCGGUGUGGCCGUUCGGUCCCUCCUGGACUUAUGCCUUUAUUGCUUAACAAAGAAUAUUUCCAGAUAUGCUGCAGAUAUUAAGCCUUUGCCUCCCAACAUCAAAGACAAGCUGAUUAAAUCGCUGAGCAUCCAAGGAGGGAUCACUGAUUCAAAUAUUAAUAUGGUUCUGCACCCUGCGGUGGAGACGUUAGAUCUUCGAGACUGUGAUAUUUCAGAUAAUGCUCUACAACAGCUUAGUAACUGUAAGCAGCUUAAAAAAAUAAACUUAAAUGUUUGGAAGGAUAACAGACUAACUGUCACUUCAGAAGGAGUUGCAGCUCUGGCCUCGUCCUGCCCUUAUUUGCGUGAAGCCUCUUUUAAAAGAUGCAGCAACGUUACAGACAAUGGAGUCCUUGCCCUGGCACUCAAUUGCCCACUUUUACAAAUUGUUAACAUAGGUGGAUGUUCCAGUAUCACAGACAUGUCUCUGCGUGCCCUUGGAAAGAACUGCCAGCAUCUGCACAGCGUGGAUUUUUCCUCGACUCACGUUACUGAUGAUGGUGUUCUAGCACUGGUUACUGGAAUGUGUUCAAAGAAUUUAAAGGAAAUCCAUAUGGAGCGUUGUGUGAAUCUGACUGACGUAGCUGUGGAAGCUGUCCUGACUUGUUGCCCUAUGAUAUACAUUCUUCUGUUUCAUGGAUGCCCUCUGAUAACAGAUCGUUCACGAGAAGCCCUGGAACAGCUGGUUGGGCCCAACAAAUUUAAGCAAGUUUCGUGGACUGUUUACUGAUUUUCAUUGUUUGUGUGUAUAAAAUGGCAGACAGGGUCUUUUGUUGGGGGGAAUAAACUUGUCUUUGGAAAGACAUGGGUAAUGCAAAAUACUGAACCAGUUCCUCUCUGGAGUGGUCUGUCAUCACCCAAGUAAUUUCCUAUCCAAGAGUUGUUUUUAUGCUCCAUUGAUAUUCUUAAAAACAAGGGCAUUGUUAUUGUUGUGGUUUUCAGUCCACAUGAUGAAUUGCGAAUGUUUGUAGAAGAUCAGCAUCGGAGAACUCUAAUAAACGUUACAUAAUAGUUGGAUUGAAUCCAAAGGAGCCCUUAUGGUUACGGACAGUUUCCCUGAGCGUACAGUGCUUUGGGAUCCCAUCCUUUGUGUUCUAGUGCUAAAUAAAUAAAUGAAGAUACAUACAUGGAGUGAGCCAGCAAGGCUUGGGAGAUAACAGGGUGCAAACUUUAUCAGGCAUCUCUGUGAAGAGGACCAGGUAUGUUCCAAAAUAAGCAUUGUAACUAAAGACAUGUUUUUUUCAUGAUGUCUCAUUUUCAAAAUAAAAUCUGUGGC